GUAGUUGGACACUUCCGGUCUCAUAGUUUGAAAAGGCGUUCGGGAAGAGGGCGAGACAACGACGGUCACAGUUGAUAAAGGGUCUUGUGAUUAUUGUUCAAACUGGAGUUUGGACAAUAGCGCACGAUUAAGACUUAGAGCCAAUGCAGUAAUAUCGGCCUUUGUUUUGGGGAAGCUUCAAAGAUGGCGCAACGCGUGGCUGGAUCAGACGGGGGGAGCAAGAAAACCUCCAGGGUUCGUGUAGCGGUACGUCUCCGUCCCUACAUGUGCGGACAGGAUGACCCAAGCGAGCAGCCGUGUGUCCGAGGCCUGGACUCCCAGAACCUGGAGAUAAUCAACUGGAGGAACGCAAUGGAGACCGUAAAGUACCAUUUUGAUGUCUUUCAUGGGGAGCAAACCACACAGCAAGAGGUUUUCCUCACUUCAGUGAAGCCCAUUCUGCCGCACAUUUUAAACGGACAAAAUGCCAGCGUGUUCGCUUAUGGGCCAACAGGGGCUGGUAAGACCCACACUAUGUUGGGAACUGGGGAGCAGCCAGGUGUGAUCCCCCGAGCUGUGCGAGAGGUUUUUAACCUGGUCAGGGCCAAAGACAAAGCCCAAGAUGACGGAUGGAACUACAGCGUUGGCAUGUCUUAUAUGGAAAUUUACAAUGAAAAGGUUCUCGAUCUUCUAUCACCAAACUCCCCAGAUUUGCCCAUCAGAGAGGACAAAGACAAGAACAUCCUCAUUCCUGGUCUCACCCACACGACGCUCUCCUCUUUCUCUGAUUUUGAGAAACUAUUUGUUCCUGCAACCCUGAACCGCACCACAGCGUCCACCAAGUUAAACCAGCGAUCCAGCCGCAGUCACGCUAUUCUGCUCAUCAAGGUGGUUCGGACUCAGAGGUCUUUACCUCACCGACAGCAGACGGGGAAACUGUACCUGGUGGACCUAGCUGGGUCUGAGGAUAACCGCCGCACCGGCAACCAGGGUAUCCGUCUGAAAGAGAGCGGUGCCAUCAACCUUUCUCUCUUCACGCUCAGCAAAGUGGUGGACGCUCUCAACUCUGGCACAGCAGUCCGCGUCCCCUACAGGGACAGUAAACUGACACGCCUGCUCCAGGACUCUCUGGGUGGCUCGGCUCACUCCGUCAUGAUCACAAACAUUGCACCAGAGUAUAAAUAUUAUUUCGACACCUUUAGUGCACUGAACUUUGCAGCCAAAUCGAAGCUCAUUGUGAACAAGCCCUUUACCAGAGAGACUGUGGCCGUUCCUGUGCUGCCAGUGAAGCGAUCCAGAGAGGAGCACGAAGCAGCAGGCUCUGGCACUGAGCCAAACAAGAAAAAGCAGAAAGAUGAGAAGAAACCUGAACAGGAUGGUUCCUCUCACUCUACAAAUUACAACAGUUUGACAGAGUUAUCUGUGAUGGAGCGACUGAUAGCUCUGGAGAAGCGGAUGAUGAGUUGCCAGGACAGAGAUGGUCAGAGUGUCCUCCAAGAUGUGGCUGAGUCACGCAGAGAGAUCCAGGAGCUCAAAGAGAAACAGAUGGAGUUUGAAAGGAAAGCCCUGCUGCUCAGUCAGUUGGCGAAGGAAAAGUCGAGCUCCACAGAGGAGCCAGUCUUCGACAACACUUCCGCUCCCCUGCAGAGGAAACGGCCAAAUGUUACGAAACUCGUUAAGCAGCAGGCCGUGGUCCAACCUCUUCAAGUGUCCCAGCGCCAGCCUCUUCAGCAGCUUCCAGUCAAGAAACAGUCGGUCUGCGUCAUUAAGAAAGAGAAGAAGCUUUCAGGCCUGGUUGAGCUCCCAGAUGGUAAGGAGAACCCAAAAGGGGUCGCCAUGGGGUUCCAACUUGAUGAAUCUGUGCUGGAUCAGUCCAAAGAGAAAAUCCUCCAUAUUCUGAACACGGGCUGCCUCAAAGACCUGAAAGGUCUGCAGCAGAUCGGUGACAAGAAGGCCAAACUCAUUCUGGGCUGGAGGGAGAUCAAUGGUCCUUUCAUAAAGUUGGAAGAUCUGAUGAACAUAGAGGGUAUGUCUGAGAAGAGAUUCUCUUCCUUCGUGAAGACAAACAUCCUGAGUUCGCUUGGAAAAUAAUUUUUUUUUUUUUUUCUAACAUGUUUCAACCAGCCUUUUUUAUUGUAAAUAAUUUCUGUGACAAAACAUA